AUGGAUUUAAUACCCCUUCCAAAUGCUAUUGAUUUUGUUCAUCAAGAUGGGGUAUCUAAAUCCAAGUUUAUCAAAGAAUUACAUCAUAAGGUUAAAAAUCAAAUUCAACAACAAAAUGAGAAAUAUGCCAAGCAACACAACAAGGGCAAGAAAGAGUUAAUCUUCAAUGAAGGUGAUCUAGUUGGGGUUCAUCUUAGAAAGGAAAGAUUUCCUCAACUAAGAAAAUCCAAACUCAAUCCUAGAGGAGAUGGACCUUUUAGAGUAAUAAGGAGGAUAAAUAACAAUGCCUAUCAAAUUGAUCUUCCUCCCGAAUACGGUGUUCAUGCUACCUUCAAUGUAUCUGACCUUAAACCUUUUGCAGGUUAUGCAAGUGAAAAUGAAGACCCUAUGGAUUUGAGGGCAAAUCCCUGUCAAGAUGGAGGGGAUGAUACAAGAAGGCCUAGCACCAUUGGACCUAUCACAAGAGGGAUGAUCAAGAAAAUACAAGAUGACUUGCUGGAACGUCCCAAGUGUGGGCUGCUGGACUCUCACGGCCUCCUCCUCUUGGUGUGGUUGAAGCUGGACACUACACCUCCAUUCUUUGCUCGGACCAGCUGCUGUGUGCUUCAUCCGUUUCCAACUCUGAUCAGCUACUACCAAGCCAUUGACCGUGAGCAACUGCACAGCCUCCAGAUCAACUCCCGUGAACAACUUGUGCUUCAACCGAGAGGUCCUUCUUGCAUCUCCUUGCUGGAUUUGCACAAAUAA